GUUAGGAGUACUUCAUAUUAGGAGUAGUAGUAGAUAAGAGAAGCACAAUAUCGUGACUCAUAGGAUAGAGAAACUAAAUUGUUCAUCGUACAAGUAUAAAACUACGAAUGCUACGUGUUAUUAUACCAUGAUUUACUGUCAUUAUUCCUUUUCCAUAACAUUUUUGAGGGGAAAAACAAGAAGAUGAUGGAAGGAACUGAUAAUGGCUAUCCUCUUACUGAAACUUUUUCAAGAUUAUCAUCUCUUUUAGCUUCUAUAGAUCGUGAUUUUCUUAUUGCAACUGAUGAUACCCAGGUGAAAAUCUCGGAGCUUCAAGGCAAGGUAGUAGGGAUAUACUUUUCGGCCAAUUGGUACUCCCCUUGUCGAAAGUUUAACAAGCUUCUAAUCGAAGUUUACGAGCAACUCAAAAGACAAGGGUGUGACUUCGAGAUUGUUUUGGUGUCUUCUGAUGAGGACAUAGGUGCAUACAACAAUUAUCGCGCAUCCAUGCCUUGGCUUUCGGUACCCUUCUCCGAUUUGGAGACAAAAAAAGCCUUAAAUCAGACCUUUCAUGUUGAAGCCAUGCCAUGUUUAGUAUUCUUACAACCUAAUGAUGGUGGAAUCGAUGAUGGUGCUAAUACAUUGCUUGAUGGCGUCGAACUCAUUUAUCGAUAUGGAAUCGAAGCAUUCCCGUUUACGAGGGAGAGAUUGGAGAUAUUGCAUAUGGAACAAAGGGAGAAGGAAGAAAGGCAAACAUUAGUUAAUUUGUUAACUAAUAAUGGAAGGGAUUAUGUUUUGAGUCAUGAUCCUUUGUCUAACCAGGUACAUGUGACGUCGUUACAAGGUAAGACGAUAGGACUAUAUUUUGGCGCACAAUGGUGUAUACCUUGUGUCGAGUUCAUCCCUAAGCUAACCUCCAUAUACCGAAAAAUAAAGCAAACAAUUCGAGAAGUUCAUCGCACCGAAAACCAAGAAGACUUUGAGAUAGUAUUUAUAUCAAGUGAUCGCGAUGAGGCUUCCUUUGUGUCCUUUUUUGAAACAAUGCCAUGGUUAGCUUUGCCGUUUGGUGAUGCGACCAACAAGAGCCUCGCUAAGCAUUUCGAUGUGCGUGAGAUUCCGUGCUUGGUCAUCUUGGGCCCGGAUGGUAAAACCGUAACCAAGCAAGGACGGUAUUUAAUAAACUUAUACCAAGAAAACGCCUACCCAUUUACUGAUGCAAGGUUGGAAUUUUUAGAGAAACAAUUGGAAGAGGAAGCUAAGAGUUUGCCUAAAACAGCAUUUCAUGCAAGGCAUCAACAUGAGCUGAAUUUGGUGUCUGAACAGACUGGUGGUGGGCCUUUUAUUUGUUGUGAUUGUAAUGAACAGGGUUCAGGUUGGGCCUACCAGUGCCUUGAAUGUGGGUUUGAGGUCCAUCCAAAAUGUGUUGGGCCUAGUCCACUACAUAACACUUAAUGGAGUUGGGAUAUUAAGGGGAAAGAUUAGAUCAUAGAGGAGUGUUAUUAUUAAAUUAACCUCUUAAACUUGUUUAUCCUUUUUGAUUAGGAAGGAAUUAAAUUUGGUUGUGUAACAUUGACAUAUUAAUUGGUAACAACAUGGAUGCUUCUCUUUGUGGGUGUAAAUUCAAGAUGAUUAUUAAUGUAAAAGAGGUUUGGAUA